AUGGCGCCAAGCAUGCAGGCAUUUGAAGAUCUCUUGACAGAUGUUGUCAAGGCAAAACGACUCUCUUCGUCCAAAGUCCAAGAACUCACUGAUAUGGGCAUGCGACUCAUGAAGAGCGACACCCUGCUGGUCUCGGCCCUUUCACGUGCUCAGUCUUCCGCGACGGGCGCUCAUGCCGUUCAUGUGCUCUAUGUGGUCGACUCGCUGGCAAGAACGGCUCGCCGAUACGCCAAUAAACGCGCUCUAUCUGCAGAUGAUGGUGGAAACGCCGCCAGUUUCAUGGAGAAUCUGGCUGCGCUGGUCCCGAUACUUUACACUGGCGUGCUGACGCCUGGUGUUCCAGACGGCAAGGAAAAGGCUAAGAAGAUCCUUGAUAUCUGGCGCAAGGACCAUACGUUCUCCUCAGACGUGUUGGCGGGAUUGGGGAGCCAACUGCAGGAGGCAAGGGCAAAGGAUGAAGUGACCAACAAAACGAAAGCAUCCACGCCACCGCAUGCCGUCCCGACACCGAACGCCGUUGCGUCCUCGUCUACGCCCCCAGUACCGGCUGUCGAUCCAGCUGCGACGCUUCUCAACCUCCUCAACCAAGCGAAAUCCCUCAACCAGGCCAACGCGCUCGCUGGUGCCAUACCCGCUGCCGCUGCUGCCUCAUUACCUCCCGCUACACUGAAUGGACUAGAUGAAACGCAACGUCUACUAUUUCAACACCUUGCUCAGACAGCUGUCAAUGCGAGCACGCCAACACCGCCGCCGGCCAUCAAUACAGCGUCAGUCGAUCCCAGACGGCCGCGCGAUCCUCGACUAGGCAGCGCCAUAUCGCCAGUCACGAACGGCUCCCCAUACGUGAAUGCACCAGCGCCAACAUCAGAUCCCCGAAGACCGGCUCAAGCACAGCCAUCCGACCCUCGGGUUCGUGAUCCUCGGGCUAGGACGCUCGACUCUCCCCUCCGCUCUUCCCAGCCGCGCGAUGAGCGAUCACGUAGUCCGCCUCCUCGCGGCCAAGCUCCCAGUCGGCUUGAGGGCCGACGCGAAAGCCCUAUGCCACAUUCCGCUGUGCCUGCUGCCGUCACUGUACCGGCAGUAGAGAGCGCGGCCACGAGCAACGGGUUGAACGGCAACACCACAGUUGGGGCGGCAGCGCCUGUGACGCUCACGACAUUCGAUUGGGCGGCGUUCGAUCCAACAUCUGCGGCGUCCUGGACUUCCCUCGCCAAAGCCUGGGAGGCGACGCAUGGAUAUGUGCCGAUGCAAGAAGAACUGAUGAUUCUCUUGAACGUCGGUGCAGGGGUUCCGAUGCCUAUGAUGGGUAUGGGCAUGGGAAUGGGAAUGGGCGCGGGCUUGAAUAUGGGCGGAUUUGGCGCGGGCGGCGGACCCGCGUUCGGGGCUGGUGCGCCGGGCGCACAGAAUGGCUUUGGUGCGAGCGCCGGUGCGGGUGCUGGCGUAGGUGCUGGCGUAGGUGCUGGCGCGAGUAGCGGCUUCGGCGGAGGCACCGCGCAUAAUGGGUCCCGAAGCAAAGAUACGGACGCCAUACCUCUCGGCCCCACCGCACCCGCGGAGAACGCGGUCGCUGCCCGGGGAAAAAUGACCCGGGUGGGCGACAAGUGGGUGUUCCAGCCGCAUGCCGCGCAAGCAUGA